GCCUAUCGCGACGCUGCCUCCACAGUUUUGCUGGCCUUCGUUAGCAUCAAGCAAGCUACUCCAACUCGCGACUUCGCGAUAGCUUCUUGCGCCGCCUGCACCCGCCAGCACAGUCUUCGCGUCCCCGUGACAUCUUCCGUGCUUGACGCCAAUUGAGUGCCCUUGCCUGUCAUUCAUUCUCGAUACCCGCAUUGGUGCUUGCGCCCGCUAUUCUGCGUUUGCUCUCGAUUUUCAGCAUUGUUCACUGCUUCACUGUCCAAUCCCAUCUCAGCUUGUCUUCUUUGCCACCGCACCUGUACGACAACUCCCCUUCUAUACACAGCAUUAGCUGGCUGUGCUCUUACAACCUCAUAGGUGCAAAGCAUUCCUCCCCCUACCGACCCGCGCAUUCCAACGCUGCCGCCAAUGACCAGACCUAGCAGCACCACCACCGCCGAAACAUAAAACGCAUCCACAACCGCUUCGAUGCCUCCUAAGCGCAAGAGGUCCGAUCGCCAAUCCGGAGAUGCUGGUCGGCCUGCACCGCACCGCCCUGCCGACGCCCACGUGAAUAACAAUCAGCGAGACGACGGCGGCAGAGCUGGCCGCGGACGACAUCGCAACCAGCGCCGAGACUCGUCCCAGUCCCAUAGCCAGCCCUCCACGCCGCGAAAGAACUCCUUCAGUCAGCAGCAGCAGCAGCAACAAGGUGCCAUGUCGCCUCCUGCCACGAAGCCCUCGCCGGCCUUGGUGCCAACAAAACCGGAUACGCAGCCCAUCCCGCCAGUUCGAACACAGCCUCCGGCGGCUCCUGUCCGAGCUGCUCCGAUACAAACUGAGCCGUCAACGCCGCGAAACUCCAAUUUCCCAUACGAAAACAUCACGGACGACAGAAUAAGCAGCUGGGCUGCCACUGGCAAAGAUGAACUCGUGCAGCUGGCCUUACAAUCUGCCAACGGUGGCGAUCUUGCUCAACUGUCCAACUUAUUUCAGGAAUUCUUCUAUGCCGUCGUCGAUAGCAAAGUGCCGCCGGCCGAUGCAGGCGUCUGCAUCAAAGAAAUCUUCAACCAAGAAGGCUCCGACAGCCCGUCUACCGCCACUCCUUUCCAAUCUCUCUUCCUCGACUCUCUUGCCAUUACCAUGGAGAGCGACGCUGACAUGUACCGCCCUACCCUCCGCGAGUUUCUCAUAGCUACAGACAUGUCCCCCACGCUUAUGCGCGAGCUCCUCGACCCCCCGACACUUCAGAAGCUAGGACUCAUCCGCGAAACGUUUACACGAUUCGGUGUUCGACUAGCGACCAAUCUGCUCUAUCGACAGGCCAACUACAACCUUCUGCGCGAAGAAUCUGAAGGAUACUCGAAACUUAUUACUGAGCUCUUUACCACAAGCAACGUCCCUCCGCCGCCGCCUGAAAUGGCGGAGCAGACUUUUGAGCGCAUCAAGGCGCUGAUUGGAACAUUUGAUCUGGAUGUUGGCCGUGUGCUCGAUGUCACGCUUGAUGUGGCUGCUGCUGUGCUUAUCAAGCAAUACAAGUUCUUUGUCAAGUUCCUCAGAAUCAGCUCUUGGUGGCCGCGCACGAACCGAAAGCUCAACACAAACGUCUACAUUGGCGGCCUUCCCGUCUGGGCCUCCCCAUCGUACAAGGAUUGGUCUGCUUCUGAAGAGGACGAAGCUGCAGUAGCUCAGCAGCGUCUUGAGCGAGACAUUGCCUUUUGGCAACGAGCUCGCGAAAUUCAACUAGACGCCUUCUUUGAGCUCGGCGGCCGUCAGGUUUCGGAUUCUGUCAAGCAGCUUGCCCUCACAAACGGCAACGGCGGCGAUGGUCACGCAGACUUUGAUAAGGCAUGGGUGCAAGAAACAAAUACGCUGCCACCCCCAGGCAACCGAGUUGCCGCACAGCUCCUCGGCUUCAAAUUACGAUUUUACAAUUCCGACAUGCGAACUGAAGAAGAUGUUUUGCCCGCCAACCUCUUAUACCUCGCUGCUUUGCUCAUCAAGAUUGGCUUCAUCUCGUUAACCGACCUAUACCCCCACCUCUCACCGGCUGACGACGGCAUGGAGCGAGUCCGAGAAGAGCAGAUGAAGGUGCUCGAACAAGAAGAGAGAGCCUCUCGCGGCGGUGCCAUGAAUGCCCUUCUCAUGGCUGGUGUUUUGCCCCAGGGCGAAGACGAGAACCCAGCCGCUGCUGGUGCACCUCGCAAGGAAGCGCCAGUAAAGAAAGUUGAAGCUGAAGCAACCCAGGCGGCAGCUGCAGCUGCGGAAGCCGAGGCCAAGGCCAAGUUGCCAGAACCCGUAGAGCAAAAGGUGCUUCUUCUGACACAACUCCUAACGAUUGGUGCGAUCCCUGAGUCUCUCUUCAUCCUGGGUCGCUUUCCCUGGAUCCCCGAGGCCUUUCCCGAGGUUCUGUCUCGUAUACAUCGCAUCCUAAACAUCUCGGUCGAAAAGGUCUACAACGAUAGCAGACCAAAGGCCGCCACUUCCAUGGAAUGCCCCUCCAAGCCCAUUCCCGAACUGGACCAGUCUGGUGUGCCCAAAGGCAACGUUCGCCUCGGACAGCUGCCAGCCAAGAAGUUCUGGCGCUGGCCUUUCCCUGACAAGGCUGACACCAACGAGAACCAAAACUACCGCUUCUACUGGGACGAGUGGUCUGAUAAUGUCCCCGUCUGUCAAACAGUCGAUGACAUCUUCACCCUCUGCGACACAUUUCUCAACCUCUCUGGCGUCAGCAUCGGCAAGGAUGAGGCUCUGCUCUCCAAGCUGGCUUCCAUCGGUGCUCAGAGCUUAAGAGACGACACUUCACCCGAAAACUUGAAGCGAUGGCUCGACUUGUUGCGCCGUCUUCUCCUUCCCGCUCUCAGCCAUACCAACGCCAAUGCUGCUGUAGUCAAUGCCAUCUGGACUCUUUUGGAGCACUAUCCCACCACUACACGAUACUCCCUGUACGCGGAGUGGUUUGAAGGCCAGACCUCGAGACUUCCCGCAAUGCGAUCAGCCUUUGCCAAAGCCACCGCCGCUACUAGAGGCACGAUGAAGCGAGUUUCGUUGACCAACCUAAGUGAGAUGGCCAAGCAGCUCGCCAAGACUAGCUACUCUUCGCCAGGUAUUGUUUUCAGAGUUGCCUUUGAACAACUGGAAUCAUACCCCAACCUCAUCAGCGCUUUUGUCGAAUGUGCAAAAUACUUUACCGAUCUCUCCUACGAUGUUUUGGUUUGGUCGCUCAUGAACUCGCUCGGCAAGUCAAGAAGUCGCACACAAGCAGAGCACGCCCUCACAACAAGUAAAUGGCUCCAGGCUUUGUCCAAGUUUACUGGCCAGGUCUUCCGUCGUUACACACUACUGGACGCGACUCCCGUUCUCUACUACGUCAACGACCAGCUUCUUCAAGGCAAUGCUACGGAUCUAAUCAUUCUCAAGGAGCUCAUUUCCACCAUGGGUGGUAUUGUAGACUCUGUCGACUUUACUGAUUAUCAGGUACUGUCUAUGGCUGGAGGAGAUUGCCUGCGCAAACAUACGCUCAUUCGUGGCGGUGACAAGCGAUACGACAAUGUUAAGAGCUCACAACGCCUCAUCACUGCACUCAUCGAUUCUCAUCUUGCUGUUCGCCUGCUUAUCAACCUUACACAAUACCGACAGUCCGCGAUUUUCAAAGUGCCAGAAGACGAGGCGCAUAUCAAGUAUCUCUCUUCCAUGAUUGAUGACUCGCAUCAGACGCUUAUCAAAUUCCUGGACUUUAUCUGGACCAACCUCGACACUGCCGCAUUCGACAAGGCCGUGCCGUCUAUCCCAGAACUCCUUACUUCCUAUGGCAUUGACGUCAGCUUGGCGUUCUUGAUUGGUAGACCCAGCCUUGGUCAGCGCAUGCUUCCCUGGAAGGCUGCUUCUGUUGAGCCACCCAAGGAGGCGGACACGGAAGGCGAUGUCUCCAUGUCUGAGAAGCCUGAGGGAGAUGACCAAGAAGCCGAAAAGCCAAAGGAAGGAACUGAAGAUGCUGAAAAGUCGGGCGAGCAUCCUUCCAUCCAAUCCACUCUGCAGCCCAUUAUUGACGCUGUUCAAGAGACCAUCGGCCCCGAGGUCUGGGAAAAGAUUUCGCCUGAAUUCUAUGCCACCUUUUGGGCCUUGCAGCUCAGCGACAUCUACUGUCCCGAACACGUGUAUAAGCAGGAAUCUGAAAGGUUAAAGGGUGAAGACAUGGCUCUGCGCAAAGACCGCUCCGACAUGAGCCGUCGCGCACAAGAGGAGCGAACCGAGAAGCGCAAGGACCUCAUGAACCUUCAAGUCGGUCUUUUGGAGGAGAAGAAGGAACACUUCCUCCGCAAGGCCAAAUGGAAGGUUUACUUGACGAGACAGUUCCAGACGUCGUUCCCCAACACUGAACUCAAGGCUGAUGCUCUUUCGGAUAUUCUCCUUGAACAGUGUAUCAUUCCUAGAAUAAUGCUUUCGCCGGCAGACGUCGAGUUUACGUUCCGCUUCAUCAAGUGCCUGCAUGACUGGAAUGCCCCCGGCUUCAAGCUCAUGUCCCUUUACAACCGCCUAUUCAACGCCAACCGACUUCGAUCCCUCAUCUUCACGAGCACUGUGCGUGAAGCUGAAUACCUUGGUCGAUUCCUUAAGCUAGUGCUCGAAGACCUCUCGAGAUGGCACCGCAACGCACCCGUGCCCGGUGAUAAAGACUCCAAGGCAUCCAAAACGGCAACCCGAACUGGUGUGUACGAAAAGGAAGCUCUCGGUAGCGCAGAUCAACCUCGCCUUGGUUUUGCUCUUACUGUCGACGAGAAUGGAAAGCCAGCAACCUUUAUCGAACACGACCAGUUUAGAGACCACCUGUUUGCUUGGCAUAAGAAUCUUAACAUGGCGCUCAAGUCAUGCUUGACAGGCUCCGAAUGGAUGCAUAUUCGAAACGCCAUCACCGUUCUCAAGACAGUUGUUGAUUACUUCCCCGCCAUCGACUUUAUGGCUACGCAGUUCACCAACCAGCUGCAAAAGAUUACCCAGCAAGAGAAUGCAAAGAAGGCAUCUCCCGAGGCUGAGAUUGGUGAUCGUGUCGACUUGGCCGUCGCUGCUCAAGGCGCCAUGUCUGAGCUUCAGCGAAGAAAGGCGAAAUGGGUCAUGGUGCAAGCUUUCCGUGAGAAUUCUGCCAACAAACCCGAAAGCGAUACAAACGGAACAAAGUUGCGUCCCACAGCACCCGACUUUAUGCCAAAGAACAAGAAGCGAGGAUCCAAGACAGGAGAAGAGGAGGAUGGCGAGGUUCAAGAUGGCAAACAGCAGACUGGAGCCGGCAAGGAUGCCCUUCCUGCUCGUCCCACACGACUCAAUAGAGACGGGCCGCGUGGCGAGACACCAAACUCCAACCAGUCGCGAUCGUCUACGCCCAAGCCGACAGGACCCCGAUCUGAUGCGGCUAAGCUCCCUGAUCGUCCUUCGCACAGCCUUCCUUCCCGACCGGAUGUUAAGAUCCCUCCGCACUACACGCCGGAAAGGUAUGCUGCCAACCAGCGCGGCCACGACAGACGCGAUGGCCGAGAAUCGAGAGAAGGUAGAGACCAAUCUCGACAGGGUCAAGACGGAGACCGCAACGACCGCGGCAGAGACCAUGGAGACCGACGAGACCAGGCUGGCGAUCUUCCGCCUCGUCCUAGGGGGGGAGACCAAGAUCGCCGUGGUCGUGACAAGGGUGGUCGCGAUCGUGGAGGCGACCGAGGUGGUGAUAAUGCCACUCCUACUGGCUCUGCUUCCGCCGACGGUGCCGAGCCCAAGAUGAACCCUGAGCGCGCUGCCCUGUUUGCUCAAGACGAAGGUGACCGUCCUGCGCGUGGUCCUCGACGACAGGAGGGCGAUCUGAUGCAGAACGUCAAUCCUGACCGUGCAGCAUUGCUUGAGCGUGACGAGAAGCAGUCUGGUAGGAACAACCGCGGAGACAACCGCAACCGUGGCCCUCGCGGCCAAUCUCCUCGACGAGGUGGACGCGAUGGGCAUGACGAGCACCCCAAUGCCAACCAAGCACCCAAUGCAGCACCAACUGGCCCUGCCGACGACCGUCACGGCCGACGCCACGGUUCAGACCAUCGCACGCCCGGUAGAAGCGGCAGAGACGGAUCCACAGCCGGUGGCCGAGACCGAGAUGACGGCUUCUUUGGAGGCCGCGGCCCCGACAGCGACCACCGCCAAGGAAACUCGUUCCAAGAUCCCAACUACGGCCGCCUCAAUGCUGCUGGCGGUGGUCCUGAGACGCCUUCUGGGCCCAGACCGCGUGGACGUGGAGCCCCUAGAAGCGCUCAGAACACGCCAACAGGCCCAGCAAACAGCAACACGCCAGACAUGCAGCCGCCAACUGGCCCAUCAUCUGCACGCGGUGGUGGUGGACGUCGUAACGGAUACGAGCAUGGUGGCCAAAACGCAGGAUCGCCAGCUCCUAACAUGGACAGGCCUCGCAGCAGCGACAUGCCUCCUCCAUCUGGUCCCAGCAUGCACCAGGAUCGCUCCGGCCACGACGACAGACAUGAAGGCGGUGUUCCCACCGGCCCAUCCGGCUCCAACGAGCGACACCGCGGUGGCGGCGGCAGAAGACAGCUUGCCGGCAUCAACAACAUGCUGCAGCACGGCCACGGCGGCCCUAACCAAGAACCAAUCCGCGGUAACUCGAACCAACGACAGCCUUCUUCUGGCCGCCAAAGCAUGGGCAACUCAGACAUGCAGGUUCUAGCAGGAGGAGCCGGCCAAGAGCGCGACAAGUGGCCCGACGCACCGCGCGGACCUGCUGGUGGCGACGAUAACAACCAAGGCCACGGCAGACGCGAUAACCGUCAAGGUGGACGCCAGGGCCAUGGUGGCGAGUACCGAGACCGCCGGUCCAUGGGCAACGGGCCUGACGGGGGACCACCACCUGAUGGAGGCCGUCGCGGGCCGUCUGGACCGAACAAUGUGCCUCAGGGCCCCGGUGGUCGCGAUAGAGGAAGCGGUGGCCGCGGCGAUGAUUGGGGCGGUAACCGUGGUGGACGAGGCGGCGGCGGACGAUCGGACGACCGACGUGAGGAUCGUGGACGCAAGCGCCGCUCAGAGGAAGGGACGGGACAUCUUGCGAGUGAUCGCGAGAAGAGACCGAGGAGGUAAAAGAGACGCAAAUGUACCUUUUUGUAUUAGACAUGUCUAGAAGACGUGAUCUCUGUGUUUUUACAACGCUUUUUUCCUAUUUUUGUUUUGUUUUCACCAUGGCAUUUGCAUAGAGAAUAGGGGACGAACGAUGGAUGUAUUUCAGAGAGUGCUUCUUGUUAGUUUGAUAUUGAUUCGGCUGUCCUUUGGUAAGCUGCGAAUGGCGUUGGGAGAUGGCUUCUAUUGAAAAGAUUUUCUACUUUUACUACAUUGUGUCUGUGACUUGUUCAACAUUGGCCAUGUCCUAUUGAGAAUGCCUCCUUCUCAAUCUUCAAUUAACAUCUACUCGUACGUCUUAGAGUAAUUAGUAAGAAAUACGCCUGCCGGCCGCACAAGGAUGCAUUAAAACGGGUA